AUGGCUCGUUCAGAGCAGAGACUGGAGGCAGUCAACCAAAUGGGAAAGCGGAUAGGCGAUGUGACAGCUACAGGGAAACCUGACAUAGACGAGCUUGGGGACUUCGACUUCUCUGCACUGCCGCCACCAUGCAAACCCGACAUAGACCUGGUAGACCUUUGUCUGUACCCGGUUGACAUGCCCCUUGAAGUCGAGGGAGCGAGCGAGCAGGAGGAGUGCGAGUCGUUUAGCUGGGCCGCAGACCUGCGCACUCCCUCGACUUCCUCCCUGACGCCACGCUUCUGGGACGUCCCUCCGGGCACACUGCUGGCUCCAGAUGGCCGAGCUCACUGGACGCACGUGCUCCGGAUGGACGAGUUCUUCAAGGACAUAGCCAAGUGCCCGCCGAAGUUCAAGUACUCUGUGCUCAGACGACGUCAGCGAGAUCUGAAGCCUACACAGGGCCAGAUGAAGAGUGCAUGUGUUGCACUUAUAUCAAGUAUCGUUUGA